GCUCAGUUCUGGAGGAGUUACAUAAGGCAAAGGCUCAUCAGCCUAACUGUGGCUUGACCUGGUUUUGGGAUGCAUUUCUCAAGUUAACGGAGAGCUCUAAUUAACCUCCUGUUAAAAUAAGUUAAAUCAUUUCAUUUACUCUGAGCUAACAAAUUUCUCCCUGCUGUUAUUUCUGGAAGCAGCAGGACAGAGUCCUCGGCCACUUGCGAGGUGUGCGAAGGCGCGGAGGAGAUGACGGAGCCGCUGAAGCAGUGCACGGCCUGGCUGCACGCCUACUUCUGUGAGCCAGCGAGGACGGCGAGCCUUCCCGUGCCGGCCUUCCACCACCCACUGCUCCAGCGAGAUGAAAAGGGGAUCCCUCCUGAAAGGGGAUACUCAAGAGUAUUUCUUUCAAUGCACAAACGUGAGAUUUUUGGAGGAACCCAAAAGGAGCUCCCAGCUGAACACGGAUUCAUUCACCAGACAAGUGUUGUGGACCCUGUUGAGAGACGUGAAGUUUGGAGAGGCCGUUUCCUACAAGCAAUUAGCAGACCUUGCAGGCAACAGCAGAGCGGCGAGAGCAGUGGGAGGAGCGAUGAGGAGCAAUCCUAUCCCGAUUAUAAUACCGUGCCACAGGGUGAUUUGCAGCAGCGGGCAGACCGGCAACUACGGAGGAGGAAACCUUAUGAAAGAGUGGCUUUUGUCGCACGAGAAGCUCCAGAAAGAGAAGUUAGCAUAUUGAUGCAGCUCAGCCACGGCUGCUAACCAGCCAAGACAUACAACCGCGGAUACUUGCCUUAUAACAAGCUCUCAGAGCACCCAGCAGAAUUCAGAAAAAUGGUAAAUAUUUGAGUGACAUAUAAAUAUAAUGCAACAUCCGAAGUGAAAUGUGUGGUGGCACCACUAUAUUAAAAAAGCGGGAUGUGUCCUGAGGGAUGCAGCUCGUCUGCCCUUUCUUGUUUUUACAUUUUACAGCAGAAUGAGUACAGCGGUCCAGGCCUGUUGUGCAUGGAUUUUGUUCCCAUCUCCAGUCCUGUUUUGUUCUAUUUUUAAUGUCCAUUAAAGCACGGAUAAGGGAGUGGGAGGGACAUGGCAAAUGUGAGGUGCAAGCCUCCCCCUAAGGAAGCAUCUGGCUCGCCGAGGGGGCAGCCAGCGAGCCCAAGCCUGCGCCUGUGCUCGCUCCUGCCCAGCCUGGCACGCUUGUCCCUGCCAGCCCCCUGCCGAGGACUCCCCUCGUCUCUUUGGUGCCUGAAAUGGUGUUUUACAUAAACAGAAGUUAACGGAGCACAUUGAGAUGCAUUCAAAAGCAAGUGGCUAUUGAAUUGCUUGUUCCCGGCUUUUCUUUUUGGAUUGCGAGAGAUGGGAAUAAAAAUUUUUGCCUUUGUGAAUGGUACAAAAAGCAGGUGGAAGAGAAGCUGCUGACAAAGUGUAUGAAAAGUAUAUUUUAAAUAGCAGUUUGAUUAGCGCAACUUGGGCAAGAUACUGAAAAGCUCAUCAUAGUUGCAUCUUUAUCAGCAGCACGUUUCCUUUUAUAAUUUGAUUUUUUUCCUUUAGAUUUUUGCAUUUCUCUGUUAUGCGAAGCUUUAUUUCCUGUAGCCUCUCUGUAGAAAGGAUUCAAGUAUUCAAGAGAUAUUACAGCUAAAUUUUGAGAUGGUUUAAGCAGGGUUCUCUGCAAGUACAAGCCACCAGAAGCUGAAAUUUUCAGUAUGGGAAUCGUAAAUUCUAACAUGGAAAUACUGAUUUUUUUAUGUGUUUUAUCAUAUUUUCAUAGAUGUCUCUUUAGAAAGGCCAUUGCUAACCAAAAAAUUAUUGUGUUACGAUGCGUUAGUUAAUAUAGCAUUAUUGAUAUCUCAGAAUUACUUCAAUAAAAAAACUGCUUUGCAUGU